ACUCGGAACUAUUAAACGUUUCAGGUUUGCAGUCGGACGUGCAUUCAGGCGGACGUUGUUGCCAUAGGCAGCCGCUGGCGUCGGAGUUUAACUAGCCGCUGUUUUUUGUCGAAUUACUACACGAAACCGUGAACUGUUGAUCAAAUGUGAAUACUACAGAAGAGCAGGUUCUCAUAACACUAUCUUGAUCAGAUAAUUCAACUUGUAUGAGCGGGUUGUUCAUUUUCAACUGCAUGGAACAUCGCCAGACAACAAAAUGCAGAGGACUAGCAUCAAAGCCUAGUUCUGAUUACGCGCAACUGAUUGAAGGGGCUGUUCUCACUUCAUCAAACCUGCUGCUCCGAGACAUCUUAUUGACGGCAUGAUCUAAGCCGAGACGACAUACGAGAUGUUCACCCUCCUGAGAGAUUUAACAAGGCGUCUGCCCGCACUUCAGCGUUACUCGCGAUGACGGAGCGCUGUGCUUUAGCCGAGAAGGCGAUGUCGGAGGGCUACGCGCGGCUCCGCUUCAAGGACACGUCGCUGCUGAUUUGGCAGCAGCAGCAGCUGGAGAAAGCGCCUCCGACCAGUUACCUGAGCCGCAGUCAGAGCUCGUGGUACAGCCAGUAUGGCAACCAGGCAGUUGUGGUACGGGACAAAACGAGACUGAAAGACUCCGAUAGCACUGGACGAUCCCGGAUUUGCGCUGUUAUGUGAUCGUGGUAUUCUUCUCGUGACUGAUAAUUCGCUUUACAAACAUUUGUCAAGUCAGCAGAACUGUGAUCUAUCCACUUGUCAUUAUUUAGAAAGUCGGGUGCUCAUGCUUACACUGAGAUUCAUGAACAAUGCAUCAAACAGUAUUUUGAACAUGCAUACAGUGCCACAGCAAUGUAGAUGGUGGAACAUUACCUGUUUAUUAUAGUCACUAACGAGUACCAAAGCUACCAAAACCAAAUUUUACUGGAUAUCCCAGUUGAACAAACUACUUUUUUUUUUUUUUUUUUUAAUUAGUGAAAACAUGUUUAUCACUGGUUGCAGUGUUUUUCCGUGGCAAAAGAUAAAGUAUCUAUCUGACACUGCAUUAUGUCCACGAGUGGCCCA